AUGUUCAUGCACCCUGAUACCCCCACCCCUACCGCUAUCAAAGCGGGGGAUGCAACAGUCACAGAGUCGGUCCAUGACACGGAUAAAGAACAGAACAGGAAAUCCUCCCCGAUUCGAUCAGAGGAAGAUCACACGGCAUUCACUUCCGUUCCAAACAGCGCAUCAGUUGGCACGUCCUCUUUCUUCAAACGACUCCGUGUGGCCGAGUUGUCCGCACCACAAUGUCCUCCCCCCCCUGCUCUUACAGUCGCCCUACAACCGUCUGUGCAUGAGUUAGAUGACACAUCGGAAUGUGCACCAACCGAAUCUGAUCCGAUUAUUGAACCCGAUUCGAAUUCUCGAUCUUCCAGCACGUCAGACACACCUGGGGUAUUUUUCACAUCUUAUGUGGCUGGUGAUUGGAUUAUCUGUGAUGAGUGUGGUUCUCGAAUCUCCGUUUGGCAGGUGCCAGAGCACUCUGAUUUCCAUGUGGCACAACGUGUUCAGCAAGACUGGACUCGCGAAGCCACUUCCAACUUAUUGAUGACCAGAAAAGCACCCGCAUCAUCCUCCCUGCCCUCCACCACUUCAUCUUCCAUGUGCAAAUCAAAACCCGCUGCACGUCCGAAUCCGUCCGGUCGAUGUACAAAACGUAGUCGUGGAAGUCAGAAAGUUCCUGUGGUUGCCGGAACCUUGGAUCGAUUUGUUCGCCCCUCCCGGUCAUCCCCAUGA